AUGAGAUUGUCCCACUGUGCGCCGUCCCGAAUGCAGCUGUCAAAAAACAUGUGUUUUUUUGAUGCCGCCGCGCGCAGAAAAAAAUCCUUCUUUCGCAAUUGUCAAGUGUUGUGCAGGCCGAAACAUAUAAACGAGUGUUAAAAAGUUAAAUUUCAGUUUUAACCCACCCGUACAACACGAUGGCACCGGACAAGAAGCAGAAAGGCCGCAACAAGAAAAGCAUCCCGGUCACGAGCUCGAAGAAGGAUGACAAAAAGAUUGCGAACGGCGGCACGAACGGCGCUGCUGCUACCGCCGAAAUGACUGAGGAAGAGGCACUGUGCGCGAAGCUGGACGAGGAGGCACGGAUCAAUGCGGAGGCCCGUGCCUGUACCGGUUCGUUGGCCGUGCAUCCCCGGUCGCGUGACAUCAAGUUCUCCAACUUCUCGAUCACCUUCUUCGGCUGCGAGCUGCUGCAGGACACGAUGCUCGAGCUGAACUGUGGCCGGCGGUACGGUUUGCUCGGCGCGAACGGGUGCGGCAAAUCGUCCCUGCUGUCCGUGCUGGGCAAUCGCGAGGUGGCCAUCCCGGACCACAUCGACAUAUUCCAUCUGACGCGCGAAAUUCCGGCCAGCUCGAAAAGCGCCAUCCAGUGCGUGAUGGAGGUGGACGAGGAGCGCAUCAAGCUGGAGAAGAUGGCCGACGCGCUGGUCGACCAGGAGGACGACGAGGCGCAGGAGCAGCUGAUGGACAUUUACGACCGGCUGGACGAAAUGUCGGCCGAUCAGGCGGAAGCGAAAGCGUCCCGCAUUCUGCACGGUUUAGGUUUCAGCAAGGAAAUGCAGCAGAAGGCGGCGAAGGACUUUUCCGGCGGUUGGCGGAUGCGUAUCGCACUGGCAAGGGCACUGUACGUGAAGCCGCAUCUUCUGCUGCUGGACGAACCGACCAACCAUCUCGAUCUGGACGCGUGCGUGUGGUUGGAGGAGGAGCUGAAGACGUACAAGCGCAUCCUGGUGAUCAUCUCGCACUCGCAGGACUUCCUGAACGGCGUCUGCACGAACAUCAUCCACAUGACGCAGAAGCGGCUGAAGUACUACACCGGCAACUACGAACAGUUCGUCAAGACCCGGCUCGAGCUGCUCGAGAACCAGAUGAAGCAGUACAACUGGGAGCAGGAUCAGAUCGCACACAUGAAGAACUACAUCGCCCGGUUCGGGCACGGUUCGGCCAAGCUCGCCCGGCAGGCCCAAUCGAAGGAGAAGACGCUCGCCAAGAUGGUGGCGCAAGGAUUGACCGAGAAGGCGGUGGACGAGAAGCAGCUCAACUUUUGUUUCCCCUCGUGCGGCACCAUUCCGCCGCCGGUGAUUAUGGUGCAAAACGUUAGCUUCCGGUACAACGAGCAGACGCCGUACAUUUACAAAAAUCUCGAGUUCGGCAUCGAUCUGGACACGCGGCUUGCCCUGGUCGGACCGAACGGUGCGGGCAAGAGUACGCUGCUGAAGCUGCUGUACGGUGAUCUGGUGCCGACGGCGGGCAUGAUCCGCAAGAACUCGCAUCUGCGCAUCGCCCGGUACCACCAGCAUCUGCACGAACUGCUCGACAUGGACGCGAGCCCGCUGGAUUACAUGCUGAAAAGCUUCCCGGAGGUGGUGGAGCGAGAGGAGAUGCGGAAGAUUAUCGGCCGGUACGGGCUGACGGGACGCCAGCAGGUGUGCCCGAUCCGGCAGCUGUCCGACGGGCAACGGUGCCGGGUGGUGUUCGCGUAUCUGGCGUGGAAAAAGCCGCAUCUGCUGCUGCUGGACGAACCGACGAAUCAUUUGGAUAUGGAAACGAUCGAUGCCUUAGCGGAAGCGAUUAACGACUUCGAGGGAGGGCUGGUGCUCGUCAGUCACGACUUCCGGCUCAUUAACCAGGUGGCGGAGGAGAUUUGGGUGUGCGAGAAGGGGACGGUCACCAAGUGGAACGGCAACAUUCUCGACUACAAGGAGCAUCUGAAGAAGAACAUUGCCAAGGAGGCGCGCAUCAACAACGGGCCGGCCAAGUGAGACGCUCAACGCAGCAGGCCACCACUGUCCAACCGGCUCCUCCUUCCUUCUAAUUCCCUUCUAAUCCCCAAUAAACUCGCUCGCUUAGAGUUGCUUUCGUUUCGAGGGGGGCUCCGAAAAGCGGCACCCACUUUUCAAAAAUCGGAAGGAAGUUAUCCUUUUCCGCGGGAUGGUGUUCUCUCGCCAUCUUAUUUGGAAAACCCACUUUUCCCUCUGUUAAACUACUUCUCUCCUCAAUGUAAUAGUUCCAGCCCGUUUCUCCUGAAGCACUGCUGCUGCUUUACGGCAACGCAUAGACCACUAAAUUCAGCCACACAACCAAAUCUUACCAGCACACAUACCACAGCAAGCGAAGGGCUUUACAGUGUAGUCCCAAUUUUCCCUUAGAUAACGAAACAAUUGAGCUAAUCCGCUAAACAAAACGAACUCCAAAAACAAUUGUGAGAGGCAGCAUGCACGCGCGUGUGUGUGUGUGUGUGUUAGAUAAAACGCCACAAGAUCAGGACGCGGACCGUGCGUAUGUAAUUGGUAAUUUAUUAAACUAUGUAUUGCUCUACUGUGGUUUAUAUAUUUUUUAAACUCUAUCUUAUAUACACACACACCAACAUUAUAAGGUAUGCAUAAAACGAAUAGAGAAACGCAAUAAAUUGUAUCCGAAUAUGGUUUCUUCUUGCACUCUCUCUCUCUCUCUCUCUCCCUCUUUACCUUCCUAUAACUCCUCCUUCCUUCCUUCCGUCUCUCACUCUGCUUCGUCGGUUCUUUGCUGUCCUUACCUUUCCUUCCUAUCCACUUCCUAGAAUGUUCCGAUUUUUGUUUUCAAUCUUAGAACAAGGAUACUGAAAAGGGAA